ACGGCAUGGCAUCGAAACGUAGCGGAUCACGAGCGAGAGGUCGUUCAUUGUAUUGACCCAUCCACCUUUCCUUCUUGACCCGCCUCAGCUCCAUCCUCCUCUCGGCUCGGGAGCUUGCUCGCCCGCCCAACAUUUGCAGAGCAAGCAAGCCCGUCUGUGUACAAAGCAGCGCGAGCUCUUUUUCGACCACUGACCACGAUGGCGUUCGCAAAGGAAAAGCUAGGGCCCCACCCCCAUUCGCUGCUCCUCCCGAUGAAUCAUCGCGCGAGCGCGAGCGAAAGCGACGCCGAUGCACAUCGCCCACCCUGGUUCUCGCUUGGUCGCGCCUGGAUCAUGCACAUGCUGCGCGUCUGUGUCGUCUUCUUCAUCAGCUGCUCGUUGAUCCGUCAGCUUGCCGACAGUCGCCCCUCCGAGUCGUUCAUGGACUCGAUCGACAGCAUCCAUGCGACCCUGAUGCGCCACGCCAUCCCCGUCGAGGCGCUCGCCGCCGCGCGCUGCCCUCAGCAAAUGGCCUACAAUGGAGAGCUGCACCCCAUCGCCCUCCCUGGCCAGAGCUUGCUGGCGCAGCGCCUGUCCCAGGCCAUCGCGAUCGACACCUCCGUCUCGGACAACUGGCCCGCCCCCGCUGAGGACCCCGAGCGGUGGACGACCAUCUUCAAACCCUUCCGCGACUGGAUGCACACCGCUUUCCCCAAGGUCCACCAGCCCGACGGACCCGUCAAGCUCGAGCUGGUCAACCAGAAUGGGCUCCUGUACACGUGGCAAGGCUCGGACGAAUCGCGCAAGCCGCUCCUCCUGAUGGCACAUCAGGAUGUCGUUCCGGUCAACCCAAAAGUCCUGAACGACUGGAUCCACCCGCCGUUCGAGGGGUACAUUGACAAGGGCAAUCAGACCAUCUGGGGACGCGGCUCGUACGACGCCAAGUCAUGGCUCGUUUCGAUUGUGUCCACGCUCGAGGCUCUCCUCGAAGCCGGCCACGUACCCAAGCGCACGGUCGUCGUCUCGUUCGGCUUUGACGAGGAGGCGUCAGGCCCGCAAGGCGCGGCUCACCUAGGCGCGUUUCUGCACGAGCGCUACGGUGACGACAGCUUCUCCCUGAUCGUCGACGAGGGAACGCCCGUGCUCGGGCCGCAGGACCCGGCAAACGUGCUGCGGCUCCCCAUCGCCAUGGCCGCCGUCGCUGAAAAAGGCUCGGUGCAUGUGUCCAUGACCGUGCAAGCCAAAGGCGGCCAUUCGUCCUUCCCGCCGCAGCACACCUCUGUCGGCCUGCUCGCCAAGCUGGUCUCCGCCAUUGAAGACUCGCAGGACUUUGGCGCGAUCGUCACCGGCACCGACGCUGACUACCCGUACAGGCAGAUGCAGUGCUUUUCCGACUCGAAGGCCUUUCCCCCGGAGAUCAAGUCGAUGAUGGACGACCUCGAUUGGGCCCUCGGCCACCCUCGCGGUCGCCACGCGCUCGAGCGCCACGCCAGUUGCCCGCGUCGUCAUUCGUUUACGCGCCGACUGGCCGGCAUGCUUGCCCCCAUGCUUGACUCGGACCGGCGGCGUGAGCAGCGGAUCGCGCUGGCGCGCCGGCGUCUGUCUCAGGCGCUACGCAGGUACCCUUCGCUUAGCAACCCAGCCGAGACCACGCGCGCUGUGGACAUCUUCAACGGCGGCGUCAAGGUGAACGCGCUGCCCGAGUCGGCCGAGGCGAUCAUUGACCACCGCAUCUCCACGUCCUCCUCAGUCGCGGACGUGAAGAAGGCGUACGUGCGCGCGAUCCAGCACCCUGCCCGCUCGCUAGCACUCUCGACAGACAUCUUUGGCGAGCAGACGGAGAACGCCGUGUCCAACCCGUCCGAGUGGAAGUGUACGCAUCCCGUGGAGCCGUGCAGCUUCCACUCGCAGGAGCAGCAGGGCCACGUCGUUGUCAGAAUGUGGGACGAGAACGAGCUCGAACCCGCGCCCGGCACGCCGGUCGUGGGCGAAGACGCCAAGCCUUGGCGCUUUGUCGCGAGCGUCAUCCGCCGCGUGUGGCAGGACCAGGCGCGCGAAGUGAUGGGCGGCAGCGGCAGGGGUAGCAACAGCAGCACGGCAGGAAGCGCGGUGGCGGAGGAAGCCGCGGGGAUCCGCGUCAUCCCUGCGAUCAUGCAGGGUAACACGGACACGCGGUAUAUGUGGCCGCUGAGCAAGCACAUCAUCCGCUUUGGGCCUGCGUCGCUGCUGCCGGACACGACGGGCGUAGGCGGUGCGACAGCUGGCGUGCACACGACCAACGAGCACUACCACGCCGAUGGACUUGUCAAGGCCGUUGACUUUUACAGCACGCUCAUCCUCGCGCUCGAGCAGACGACGGAGCUGUAAGCUGCCAGCGGGGGACAGGGUCGGGAAUGGAUAGGUGUGGCGCCUUCUACAGGCUCUCUGUUUGAAUACAUGGCGCUCCUGAUGUGCUCGGCUCGGAACAAUAUUUCUCGGAAAUACCCUCUCAUACAUGUGCUCCAUACAUGCGUUGCACUCUGCAGCUCGAACGUGUUACCAUUUCACAAACGGGUCCAAAGCGGCUCUCAUCUGGGAGGCACCACGCCACGGUGCAUAGUGCACGGGUGGCGGCGGCGGCGGCGACGACGACCCCGAGCGGGGGUAGUUAGCUUGGCGGAUCAAGCCGCUGCUCUCUUCCCACAAGCUUUUCCUGGCAUCGUCAUCGCAGCCGAGCGCACGCGCAGCACACAUGGGCGGGAGGUGGGCCGGGCAGCUGCAUAUGAUGGGCGCGUCAGGCGAAGCCUUUUGCUAUUCCAUGUACUG